AUGGCGGUGGCGUUGGACGCCGUGUGGCUGAGGGUGAAGAACGUCUGCAAACAAAAUGGCCUCCUCAUCAUGUCGGUGCUGGCCGUGGUCAUCGGAUGCCUCCUGGGAUUCUUCCUGAGGACGCGGCGCCUCACGGAGCAGGAAGUCAAAUAUUUCCAGUUCCCUGGUGAGCUGCUGAUGAGGAUGCUGAAGAUGUUGAUUCUGCCUCUGGUCGUCUCCAGUUUGAUGUCGGGCCUGGCGGCGCUGGACGCCAAGUGCUCCAGUCGACUGGGUCUCAUCACCGUGUCCUAUUACCUGUGGACCACCUUUGUGGCCGUCAUCGUGGGCAUCGUCAUGGUGUCCAUCAUCCACCCGGGUGGCGCCGCCCAGAAGGAGGACUCUGAGGACAGCGGGAAGCCCAUCAUGAGUUCUGCCGACGCUCUGCUGGACCUGAUCCGGAACAUGUUCCCGUCCAAUCUGGUCCAGGCCACAUUCCAACAGUAUCGAACCAGCAGCCAGUACAUCGUGCAGAACAAGCCCGCCUUGGGUCAGGCGCAGUCCGAGUCCACCACGAGGAGAGCGCUCAUCUACGGCAUCCAGGACGACAACGGAAGCGACAUCCAGAACUUCUCCCUGGAUCUGACUCCGCCCCCCGACGUGCUGAUUCGCACCAGGGAAGGAACCAGCGAUGGGAUGAACGUCCUGGGAAUCGUCAUCUUCUCUGCCACUAUGGGUAUCAUGUUGGGCAGGAUGGGUCCAAACGGCAGCGCCUUGGUCAACUUCUGCCAGAGUCUAAAUGAGGCCGUGCUCCGAAUUGUGGCCAUCGUUAUUUGGUACUUCCCGUUUGGGAUCGUGUUCCUGGUGGCCGGUAAGAUCCUGGAGAUGAGCGACCCGUCGGCCAUGGGCAAGAAGUUGGGCUUCUACGCCGUCACGGUGGUGUUUGGCCUGGUGCUCCACGGCCUCUUCAUCCUGCCCGCCAUGUACUUCUUCAUCACCAAGAAGAGCCCCAUCGUUUACAUCCGCGGCAUCCUGCAGGCGCUGCUCAUCGCCCUGGCGACAUCCUCCAGCUCCGCCACGUUGCCUAUCACCUUCAAGUGCCUCCUGGAGAACAACCACAUCGAUCGCCGCAUCAUCCGCUUCGUGCUGCCCGUGGGCGCCACCAUCAACAUGGACGGCACGGCGCUUUACGAGGCCGUGGCGGCCAUCUUCAUCGCUCAGGUCAACAAUUACGAGCUGGAUUUUGGCCAGAUCAUCACCAUCAGCAUCACGGCCACGGCCGCCAGCAUCGGUGCGGCGGGGAUCCCUCAAGCCGGACUGGUCACCAUGGUGAUCGUGCUCACCUCUGUGGGCCUGCCGACCGAUGACAUCACUCUGAUCAUCGCCGUGGACUGGGCGCUAGACCGAUUCCGCACCAUGGUGAACGUCAUGGGCGACGCCUUGGCCACGGGAAUCAUGGCGCACAUCUGCAGGAAAGACUUCAUGAAGGAGGGAGACGGGGUGCCGCUCAUCUGCGAGAGCAAGCCGGCGGCCAACACGGCCGCGCUCAUGAACUGUCACAGCAACAACGGCAACUACCGGCUCCCCUCCUCGGGGGCCAAGCACGCCCUGGUGCCGCCCGAGGUGGCGCGCCUCAUGCAGCUGGAGGAGGGCGUGCGGCCGCCGCCGGAUAGGAAGAAGCCCCGCGUGCCCCCGAGGCACCCCAAGAAGCACAAAGACCACUGCACGGUGGACAUGAACGGACUGGAGACCAACGUCUAGGCGACUCCUCCCGGACUUCAACCUAAUGGCUGACUCGCACACGGGAGGAGGGACGUCAUGCACCAGCUGGUUUGUUUCUUUUGUACGAGCAGCGAAGACGUCACAAUG